GGGCAACUUACGGACAGUCCCUAACAGGCCAAUGUAGUGAUCUCACUAUGGGGAAAGAACUUUUCAUGUCGGUUUUUAGGCUAAAUCGUAGCUUUUGAUGGACUGUUCUUAAAAAAAGCUGUUAAAAUAUUAUAAACUAAAAAAUGACGUCACAGCGUCGAUUUCAAGUUUCCUUGUCGGUUCGUUUUAAUUGAAUUUAUUCAAAAAUACGGCUCCGGGAAACUUUUAACAGCUUUUUUGUUAGUCACUGACAUAUCAGGCACGAAUUGUGACAGAUAAAAUAUUUACAGGUUGCCCGCGCAUAGUGAGAACACUGUUUUCCGACAGUUUUUCAAAUAUUUCGUCAAAAUAGGGCAUUUUUGUCAACAUUUGACGACAGUGUCGGGAAUACGUCGAGUUUUUCCGUAAUGUUAGCAGAAGCGCGAAAAUUGAAAAUGGUAGCUUAAGGCGGUAAAAUAUAUAAACAUUAUUUUUGCCGAACAAUUACUGCAGUAUGGGAACUUUUUUUCAAUGUGCGUUUAUGAGAGCUGAAGUAAUACGCAGUACUCAAAGUAUUAGUUAUCGCAACAAAGAUGUACGUUUUAAUAAUUUUUUGGCUAUGUUUCCGCAUCAAUCAAUAACUAAGGAAUACUUUAACAGAAAGGCCGGCGAGCUUAAUGCAUUUGUCAGAAAAUUUAAAUGGAUGGACGAAAAAAGGUGUAAGUACCUGGAGGAGUUUUCAAGAGAAAAGUGGUUAAAGCUGGACAGUGACAAGCAAAAAUAUCAUACAACGCACGAAUGUGUAGGAUGCAGUUCACUUAAAGCCGAUAUAAAUACAUUUCCAAUUUCAACAACACACAGACGCAAAAAACCUAAUCGGUUGAAAACACCCUUAGCUGAUAUCACAAAUACACCAGAUACACCAAUAAAUAUUACUCUCGAAAUUCCGCACACAAAAAAUGACAUUUCAUAUAUGAAAGGAGCAGCCGAGUUUGUUCUUGACAGUGUCAAUGACAAAUGGGAUAAAAUAUUUGAUACACCGUUUACUAAAAUUUUGACGAAGGUGAAAUCAGCUAACGUUGCGGAAGUAAAAACAAAUUGCGAAAAGAAAAGAGAGUUAGGGCAAAAAAAUACAAAAAUUAAAAAAUGCCUGGAAAAAAAAUGUUUUGGUCAAGGCAAAGUCAUGGAUACGAUUUUGGGAAUCAGACAGUCCAAAUCUACCUACAAAAAAUCAAGAUCCAUUCAGUAUCUUGAGAAUAAAGAAAAAGCAGUUGAAAGAAUGAUUGGAAGAAAACAAUCACUGCAAUCUCAAACAGAUGAUACACCAAUGAAGAAAAAGAGGCAUAGUCCAGACACGAAUAAAAUUAAUUUUGACAAAAAUGCACUGUUAGAAGAAGUAAAGCAUAUGGAAGAUGGUUCAAAGGUAGUUACGAAUAUAAUAUUCUGUAAACAGUACUUACAAUAUCCAUUAACACACGGAUAAUUUUUAUAAAUUUUAGAUAAAUUAUUCUGAAUUGGCACGAAAGUAUGGCAUUCCUGGCACCACUGGAAAUACGGUUG